GGUAUUACUCUUAUAGCAAUUGAUGAAGCACACUGCAUUUCAGAAUGGGGUCAUGACUUCAGAAGUGCCUACCGGAAUUUGGGCUCCCUCAAGAAAAUGCUUCCAUCAGUACCUAUUGUGGCUUUGACAGCAACAGCCAGUCCCUCAAUCCGUGAAGAUAUUUUGAAAUCCUUAGAUUUGCAAAAUCCACAAGUCACAUGCACUAGUUUUGAUCGACCAAACCUUUUUCUGGAAGUAGGAAGGAAAACUACAAAUAUCAUACAGGAUCUUCAAAAGUUUCUUAUUAAGAAGCCAAGGUCUGGAUGGGAAUUUGAAGGAGCCACAAUUGUUUAUUGCCCCUCCAGAAAAACAUCUGAACUGGUAACCUCAGAAUUGUAUAAGCAGGGUAUUUCAUGUGGCACUUACCAUGCUGGCAUGGGGAUCAAGGCAAGAAGGGAAGUGCACCAUCGCUUCAUGAGAGAUGAAAUACAGUGUGUUGUUGCCACUGUAGCUUUUGGUAUGGGGAUCAAUAAGCCGGACAUUCGCCAAGUUAUACACUAUGGAGCUCCUAAAGAAAUGGAAUCCUAUUAUCAGGAAAUUGGAAGAGCUGGAAGAGAUGGGCUGCCAAGCAGUUGUCAUGUUCUGUGGGCUCUCACAGACAUGAAUUUUAACAGGCACAUGCUAAGUGAGAUCCAAAAUAAACAUUUUCGAGAGUACAAACUGAAAAUGUUAGCAAAGAUGGAAAAAUAUCUUCUUUCAAACAACUGCAGACGC